AUGCACCAAAGCAACUUCCCCCCACCAAGUGACUUGAGGACUUCCUCAACUCCACGAACAAGACCUCCUCAACAGCAUCAUUACUCCCCUGAACCACAUAAAACCUACUCCCAGAGAUACGACCGACAUGGACAGCUGUUUGGAGACAAAGUCUCAUCUCGCAGCAACCCAAGGGAGAUGCAAAAUGGGAGCCAAAACACUCACCUCACCAAUCAACAGGGCUCUGAGGGCAGAACCUCUGACUCCUUGUCUUGUAGAAGGGAGAGGCUUCCCUCAAGCUCUAGCUCCAGAAGAGAAAGAGAAGACCUGCGCAAUAAACUAAACAACAGAAGAGCCACUUCACAGCUGAGGACACCUACUCUCCAGUGGAGAGAAAAAAAUCACGGAAGAGGAGAGCACCAGACAAGAAGCCUCUGGUUCUUCUUAGAGCAGGAUACCCCCACUAGAAAGGAAUCUGGAUCAGGAAAGCCCACCACCGCAGCCACAACAGCAUAUUCCUACCACAGAAGAGGUUAUGGGAGACCUCACAGAUGUAACCAUAAACUACCUUAG